AGCUGGUGACUGUUCUCUGAUUUCCAGCCCUUAACCACGUGCAUGUCAAACUCUUAAAACGGGAUGGGCUGUGAUUUAUUUGCGCAUUCACAGCAAAGCGGGUGUAUACAUUCAUGACGGAAGACUGGAAAAUAUUAAUGAAUUUAACAGGCUACUGAUUUUACAUUUGGACUAACCAGACAGUCCGCCUGUACCAGAGACGACUCCAAGAGAUACAGACAAGAACAGGUCUUGGGACUACAAUGAACAUUCAGUCUGCUAUCAACAAAGAGGUCUUCAUCCCUUGUGAUGAGCGGAUGUUGGUUGCAGUGGAGGUGCGGAGGAGGAAAAGGAAGAGGUUGUCCUUCCUGCCUACUGGAGCCAAAGGAGACUACACCACAUUCAUCUGUGUUUCAGUGACGAACACAAGGCCACAUCAACUCCUCAUUACAAAGGUGAAGCGGUUUGGUGGCUCCUCUUCCUUUACCAGAAGGUCCCAGUGGACAGUGGAACAGCUCCGACAGGUCAACGGCAUCAACCCCAACAAGGACAGCCCAGAGUUCAACCUUGUGUUUGACAAUGCUGUGGACCUAUGGUUGGCCAGCUCAUCAGCAGAGAAGUGUAUCUUUGUUCAAAUCCUGUACCACGCCUGCCAGAUCUACUGGGAGGGGAAAGCAGGGAGUCUUGGCAAAGUGAGCCACCAGCGGAGAGCGAGUGCUCACCAUGAGGUCGGAGCUGGUCCCAGUGACUGCUCACCAGGCUCUGCAUCCAAAGCACUCCAGGCCCAACAGAAGAGCUACAUUCCUGCCAGACAGACAGAGUUCAUCAACUGCCAAUCCAAACUCACAGGAGACGCCUGCACCAUGAAUCUGAUCAUCUACCGCUGCAAAGCCUUCUUGAAUCGCAUGCAGAAUAAGAUGGUUGCAAAGCGAAGGCGAUCACAAGUUCAAGGUCUGCCAGGGCAGCGUGCCACAUGGAGCACUAUGGGUAAUGUAGUCCAAAGGGUGAAUGUGGUUCUUAGGGAGCGUGGAGACAGACUGACUCGUGCUGAGGACAAGACUGUGGAGCUGAUGCACAAAACCCAGCAAUUUGCAGACACCGCUCACAAGCUGGCCCUGAAAUUUUCAAAGUAGAGUCUGUUGGAGGAUGAAUGGAAUUCUUCAGGAUGUCAAACAUAAAUCCUGUAACAUGGACACUAACACGCAGUAUGCGCACAGCAGAUACAGCUAACUCCUCAUGAAUGUAUAUAACUGAGUGCAAAGGCACCUGGAUAGCUCAGUUGGUAGAGCGGGCACCCAUAUAUAGAGGUUUAGUCUUCGAAACAGCAAGCCCAGGUUCAACUCUGACCUGCAGCCCUUUCCUGCAUGUCAUUCCCCCUCUCUCUCCCCUUUCAUUUCUUCUGCUGUCUUGUCAAUAAAGGCCUAAAAAAUGCCCAAAAAAUAAUCUAAAAAAAAAUUACUGAGUGCAACACAGAGAACUAAAUAAAUACUCUGUCUUUGUAUUUUUUGCUUUUGCUGUUGGAGACACCUCUUUCCCACAGUCUCAGGAUCAUCUGCAAUGUGUUUAGUUUAAAUGUUUUCCUGUUGUCAGAUGAAGAUUCAGAUGAAUCUAAUGUAUUUGUACAUGGUUUGGACUUAAUUAGAUUUCAUUGCACUUAAUGUUUAAUUUGACGUUAUGCACCACUUGUUGCCAUCAUUCUGUGUGUCGCUAAUGUGUGUGUGUGUGUGUUUCUGUGUUUCUGUGUGUCUGUGUGUCUGUGUCCGUGCAGAAUACAGUGCAGUGUCAUGUUCUCAAAAUUGUGUUAUCUAUGUUCAUAUCAAUGUGUCCUGACCACCUGGCACUGCUUACUGUGUCAUCCGGUCUGUGUAUGUCAUCAUGUUUUUUAACUUAAUGUUUGUCUGUUAGAGGUCUUGUCUUGAGAGAGGUGAGUGAAGGUGGAUCAGGUGGUUUGAGCAAGUUGGAGUAUUUUUUCUUAUAGGGAGUUUCAUAGUGAACAAUGCGAAUGAAGCUGGUCUGUGUAAAAGUCAGGGUGACAGAAGGUUAAAAUUUUGACUUUAGUUGAAACCGUUUACGUUACUUCUUUCAGUAAUUUGGUGUAAUACUGAUGUGGGUGGAGAUUUAUUCCUAUAAGGAUAAUCCAAUUUGGUUUAGAUUGCAUAGUCACAGACAUAAUAUGUCUGCAAGCAAAUUAAUAAAACACACUUGAUCCAUUUUACAGUUACGUAACUUUACGUACUACGUAAGUGAAUCAAGGGAAUUAAUUCUAAGCAAGCUUUUCUUUUAUGUUUUUUUGAUUUUGGCUACAGUCUAAUGUGUGUGUGAUGUAAAUGUCUCUGCUGUAUUAACUAAGUCUCAAUGCUUUGAACCGAUUAAAUAAGCCUGGACCUGUA